AUGAGCCCGCCGAGUGUGAUGGGGCAGUUCGGGGACACGACCUACACCAAGGUGUUCGUGGGCGGGCUGGCGUGGGAGACCCAGAAGGAGACCAUGAGGAAGUACUUCGAGCAGUUCGGGGAGAUCCUCGAGGCCGUCGUCAUCACCGACAAGAACACCGGCAGAUCCAAGGGCUACGGAUUUGUUACCUUCCGGGACCCGGAAUCGGCCAUGAGGUCUUGCGUCGACCCCGCGCCGGUGAUCGACGGGAGGAGGGCCAACUGCAACCUGGCUUCCCUUGGGGUGCAGAGAUCCAGGCCUCCAACCCCGCAGCACGGAGGCGCUAGGAGCUUUCGAGUGAUGAAGUCCUUUGGGCAGCAGCAGGCUGCGGCGGGGAUCCAAGGUGCGCUGGGCGCAGCUUUUCCUUCGCAGGCCACCUUCCCUCAUUAUGCCAUCCCACAAGGCCUCCCUUACCAUGUCUAUGGGUAUUCUCCCUAUUCUCCAGACUACGGUUAUCCUGCAAACUACUACAACAUCUAUGGAGGAAACCAGUACCCGUUUUACGGAGGAGCAGGAACUGGCAUGGUGACCGGAACCAGUCCCUUCUAUCCAUACUUCCAGUUUGGGCAGUCCGGAAGCACUACGCCCAACUAUGCAACUGGACAGGGCUACAACAUGCAAUUCCCACAGAUGUUUCCCUUCUCAACUGUGGCUUCUACAGCUGCUGCUGUAACUGGCUUUGCACAGCAAUAUGGAGGGCCAUUGUCACUUGCAGCCAGUCCUCAAGCCCAAGCAGGCAUGACUAUGGCUCUCACAGCACCAACCUUGCCAAGUCCAACUCAGGCUGCUCAUCCUUACCGGCUCGUCCCCUCGCACUUUGCUGUGUCUGCUGCUCCAGAGCAAUCCUUGGCCUAA